AUGGAGCGCUUCGACUCCUCCGGCUCCGGUUUCAACUCCUCCGGCGCCGGCAGCAGCAACCCCUUCGUCGGCCCCUCCGUCACCGUCAUCCGCAACAUCCCCAUCGCCGAGCGCGUGCCGCUGAAGCUCUCCACCACCGCUGCCAACUUCGUCCCGUGGAAGACGUACUUCGGGUUGCUCUUCCGCGAGUAUGAUCUCCUCGAUCACGUUGACGGCACCAUCGACCUCCUCGCCAUGCCGCACGACCCCGAGUGGCUCGCCAUCGAUGCCACCAUCAUCCGCUGGUUCUACCAGACCGUCUCCAACGACAUCUUUCGCACCGUCGUCCGCGACGGCGACUCCGCCCACACGGUCUGGGCUAACAUCACCGGCCUCUUCACCGACAACAAAAUCCAGCGGGUCACCUUCCUCCAGCAGGAGUUCUUCGGCACCCACCAGAACGCCCUCAAGCUAAAGAUUCUCUCUGACGAGCUCCGUGACUUGGAGUUCCCAAUCGAUGACAAGAUCAUGCUCUCCACCCUGUCGUCGGGUCUCGGCGAGGAUCUCAGCAACGCCGCCUCCAACCUCACGCUCCUCACCACGCCCACCUUCGAGCAGGCCGUGGCCUACCUACGCCUCGAGGAGCACCGCCUCAAGCAUCUCCGGGCUCGGGCGGCCCACACCGCCUUCACCGCUGGCUUCUCCCGUGGUGCCCAGACUCCCGCGCCCCAUGCUCCUGCGCCUCGUCCCAUGGGUCCGCCACCGGGUUUCCCCGCCGCCGGCCUGCCGCCCGGUCAGACCAGACCGUGGACCGGCAAGUCCGGUCACCAGGCCGGCCAGACCGGCCCCUGGACUGGCCACGCCGGCGCCCAGGCCGGCCAGACCGGCCCCUGGACCGGGCAGUCGGCUCCUUCUGGCGGUAGACGCCGCGGUCGUCGUUGCCGUGGCGGUGGAAAUGGUGGCACCAAUGCCACCGCCCCCGCGCCUCGUCCCCCGCAGUACACCACCCCUCCGCCAUGGACUGCCGGUCACAACCCGUGGACCGGGGUUGUUCACGCCUACUCCAUGCCCGUGCCGCGUACCCCCUACCCGGGCAUUAUGGGGCCGCGUCCAGCCUCCCACCAGGCAUUCUAUGCGGCGCCCCAGCCUGCCCCGGCCUACGCCGCCCCCCCGGGUGCGACCCCGUGGGAUCCCGCGCUCCUGACCGCUCUCCAGAGCGCCCCCUCCGCUGGGGCGUGA